UUAGGAACAAAUACAUUAGAUAAAAUGGACAUGCUCAUGAUAUUACGGAAGAAUUUAUUCGCAUUUUGUUGUUGCAAAUUGCGUGACGAUUUGUAUAUCGAGGAAAAUAAUGUAAGCAGUUUAAGGAGCUGGAUAUUCUGCAAAAAUCGGAGCCCCUCUGCUGUGUCAGCCUCCGAGACAGACGGAGAUGAUUUCAAGGCGCAGGCGGUAGAAGAUAAGGGCUUCUUCUUCGGAGACGACGUUUUCAACUACCAAGAAGCUCAAGGACACAGGACGAGCGAAAUCUUCGAAGGACCUAUAUCUGACCCGUCAGAUCUUGAUCAAGACGACUGGGUCCACUGUGGAGAUGGUUCAAUCCCCGUAUGUACACCAGACGAAACGUUUAAUGGGGAAAUACAAGAUGACGGAAAUAAAUGGUUUAAGGAUUUGAGAGCAUCAGCAAAACAUAUAAAGAUACUGAGGACACUAAGAAGCGAGGGGGAGAACCGGCCAAGUCUGCCCACAACUGUUAAGGACAUUGAAGAGAUUAAGCCUAUAAAUGAGCACCGAGAGAUGGACAAGUGGCCAAAAAGAUUAAGAAAAUUGGUGGAACUUUCAGUCGUAAUGCGCAAAUGAGACGGCAUCGAAAAAGCGAGGCGAAUGGUUGAGAUACGUGCGUACAGGCAGGAUGAGCUCAGAGAGAC